AUGCCCAAAUCAGAUCAGAUGAUAACCAUCAAGAUUAAUGUCCUUAGUGGAAAAAAAGGAGAAGGAGAAGGAGAUCAGGCUUCUUGCUUUGUUGAAAAGACAUUGCAUGCAAGAAAAGAUGAUUUCUUAUCCAUCAAUUCAAAAGAUGCUUUGAUUCAAUAUAUAAACACCAAGUUGCCAGACUUGUUGCCAAAAGAAUUUAAUGGUUUGAAUUUUACAAGAAAAUCCAAAAAACACAAAUGUUUUAUACCUUUGGAUAAUGAAGAGGAUUUCAAAUCACUUGGUAGAAGCUUAAAGGUUAAGAAUCAUGUCAAGUUGAAUGUUGUGGUAUCGCCAUUGGGUCAAGAGCCAUUGUCGUCAUCUACGAAAACUUCCCCAUCUUCUUCCAUACCAACAGCAUCAACAACAACAACAACAGAGACCACUGACCCUUUAUCCCACCAUUAUCCAUCGAUUGAUUUUGCAAGAUUGGGAGAUUUGUUACUUGAGGCAACUUUGGAACAAUUUAAGGAGUUCUUUGUUGAAAAUAAGCACAAACUGACUGGAUCCAAGACCGAUGCAACUACACAAAAAGUUGAAACGGAAAUUGCUGCCACUGCUGCUGUUGCUGCUGCUAAAGGUGCCGCCGAUGCCUCCCAUAGUUCACAAAGAGAGAUUGAUCCCGUUGAAGAAGCUGAUGUUGUGCAUACAAAUAUUGCUUGUGACCAUUGUUGCCCUCACGACUUUAUUCCCCUCAAGGGAGUUAGAUAUUGUUGCUUGGUUUGUCCAAACUAUGAUCUUUGUGCUGAAUGUGAAAGAAGACAGCAAGAUGAGAAGUUGACGUAUGGCACUCAUUCUUAUUCGCAUCCGACAGUGAAAGUUACUGUACCUGAUACUUUUUCCAGAAAUAUUUUCAAUGAUAAGUUUAAUGUCAAUGGUGUGAAUUCAGACUGUGAUAGGCGUAAUGUAUUUCCCAAUACUAGAUCUGAUAAUAUUAUUUACGACAUUCCGUUGUCCAGUUGUUCCGAUGCCAACAGAGUGAGGUUAGAGACCCUACUUCAAUCAAAGGGAUUUGAGAAUUUCAUUGACGAAGUUGAUAGCAUUAUAAGUAGGAGCGACAAGUAUUCACGACUCUUAAGAAUUUUGGACGCAAAUGGUUUGUCGUUUCCCCACGAAGGUGCGAAGCAUCAAUAUUUGGAACUGUGUGUCGAGGAUUUUUUGUUGAAGAAAGCGUUUGCCAUCUCUGCAAAUGAUGCUCUACACGUGGAAACCAAUAAUGACGAAGAAGAAGACGAAGAAGACGAAGAAGAAGAAGAAGAAGAAGAAGAAGAAGAAAUAAAAUGUGACGCUAUAGUGACCUUGAGUUUGGGAUCAACAUCAACGAAGCUGUGUAUUCAAUUGAUUAACAAAUCUGAAGUGUCAAUUGAGGGUGGAGACUUUAAAGUCAAUCUUGUUGAUGCAAAUGCAAAAGAGUACUCAACCACAAUCAAGACUGCUGAUGUGAAACCCGGCCAAGUUAAGUUUUACAAAUUGGAUGCGGUGCCUCAGGGAUUUGUAUUUGAAGACGAAGCAACAUUGGUGAUUGAAGCCUCCAACAUGAUCAUGACAAGUAGGAAAAUUGAAAAUAAUCUGUUUCAAAUGGAUUUCGAACUCAAAGAAAGCCCAAGAGAGGAUUCAGCAGAAUCAGAAUCUCUUUCUACUGCAAAGGAUGCAGACAGAAAACGGAUUGAUGUGAAUGACCUGUUCAACGAGUCCAUGGUUGAUGGUGGUGUUCAUUUAAUCCACGCUGCAUACAAAAUUCAAUCAUCAGUGAUUUUGAAUCUUGAAUUGCAAAACAAUUCGAAUACCACUUUCAGUUGUAAUGACUUGAGAAUUGAGGUUUAUGAAGAGGACGUGAAAGUUCUGGAGCUGGUCAUCAACAAACCUCAUGGUAUUAACCCGGGUUGUUUAACAAAAUCCAACAUCAUUUUGAAACAUCCCAUUACCCGAUACCCUCUUUGUAUGGACUUUUACGUUGAAGACAAGAAAAGAGCCUUUUGUGUUUUUGCCGAAGGUCAACACGAAGCAGAUUUGAUGUUGUGGAAAGAAGGGAGGGAUUCUGCCUCCAUUUCGUCAACAAAAGAGGAAUUUGAACUCCUUGACGAAAAUGCAACUACAAGACUGGAGUCAGCGACACAAUCAUCCUCUUUCCAUUCGAUGGUUUUGCCAGUUUUGGCCCGUGAGAGUGUGGACUUGUCCGAUUAUAUUGAUGCCAAUAGUGGCUCAAUUGUUCGUGAAGAUGAUCAUUAUGAAUAUGAGGUUUUUGAGGAUAACGAUGAUGGUGGUGAUGAGGUUGAUUCCGACUUUGAGAUUCUUUCUUUAGCCAGCACUGAUUCCUUUUAG